UCUAAAAUCUCUUGUGGCAACCCUGGUCGAAGUCGAACACACCUAUAUUUGGGUUACAUGUGUAUUUGGGCUUUGAUUUUAUUCAGUUAUAUUAGUUUGUAUUAGUUAAUUUUUGAAUGGAAAGAAAAGUAGAAUAAAGCGUAGUGUCUAUAAAUAAUUAAUCAUUUAUCUUUACUGUUUUGAUAAGAAUGGCUGUCAAUGUUUGCAGUGCAUCCAGAUUUACUAUACCGGUGAUUAGAAUAACAAAUAUAUCAACUUUAACAAAUGCUCGAUUUCUCACAAGGUCAUUGGUAUCUCCAAACAGCGGUGAAGGGUGGCUAAGCAAACUUGGUGUUCAAAAACUUGAACCAACCAAGGAAUCUCACUCCCGGAUGCUUUCGGACAAGGAGGUCAUUUACGCAUUACAUACUCACAACAUUCGACCUGAUUCAUUCGAUAAAUAUCUGAAAAAUUACGAAGAAAAUGUUAAUCUUAUCCAUUCCAAAAGAACUGAAUUAAAUUGUGAAUUGGUCGCAUCGUGGACUGUUGAUGUCGGUGAUCUUGAUCAAGCAUUACAUCUUUGGCAAUACACUGGAGGUUUUGAACGCAUUGAUCAGGCUCAAACUGUUUUAUCACAAGAUGAGUCUUAUCAAAAAUUACUCAAAGAACGUGGUAACCAUUUGCGCUCUCGUCACUUGCAAUAUCUAUUAGCAUUUAGUUAUUGGCCACCAGUUGUCAAAAGGGAAGAAAAGAAUAUUUAUGAAAUACGGAGUUAUAGAUUACGACCAGGAACUAUGAUCGAGUGGGGAAAUAAUUGGGCAAGAGCAAUAAACCAUAGAAGAAAAAACGACGAGCCAUUUGCAGCGUAUUUUUCGCAAAUUGGAAGAUUAUACAAUGUUCAUCAUAUUUGGUGCUACAAAGAUUUACAAUCAAGGAAAGAAACUCGUGAAAGUGCUUGGCGUUCUCCUGGAUGGGAUGAGUGUGUUGCUUACACAGUGCCUCUUAUACGUGAAAUGCAUUGUCGCAUAUUGACUCCAACAAGCUUUUCACCAACCAAAUAAUUAUAUUAUUAUAUAAUCUACUCAUAUUAUAAUCAAGAUAAGAAUAUUAUAUUGUCACUAUUAUCUAUAUCAUUUGUACACUCUUUGUUUGUACAGUAAUGUAAUAACGUAAUUGGUGAGAUAGAAAAAAAUUAUGUAUUACUGUUAAUAGAAAUAAAAAAAAAUAAAUGGGGAGAUGUGUCCAUACUUAAUUAUUAUAUUUAUUCGACAAAGUAACUACCUUUCAAUGCCUUUUUUUGUUAUUAUUUAUUUAUUUUUGUUUCACAGCUACAAAACGAUCACUUACAUUUUAAUAUAUUGGUUAUUCAAUUUAUGAAAUGUAAUACACGUCAGAUUAAUUGAUUAUAAGACAUUUUCCUUUUUACACAAUUGUAUGUUGAUGUAUUUUGGUACGUCAGAUGAAGCAAGAGAGUUUUUGUUUUCAACUAAUGUAACUUUUAUAUCAAUACAUACUUAUUGAUUUUAUCUAUUACUUACAUAUAAAAGAAAUCUACUAUCAAGAUAUUUUAAUUAAUGACUAAAUUUUACCAUCAUUGAUAAAAAGCUAUGUGAAAGGCAGUAUAUCGACCCAUAGAAAUAAAAAAUGUUUAUAUUUUUUAGUAAGUAAUAGGAAUUAUUUAUUCCAUCGUCUUACGGGAUAAAUAGUUAAUUGCAAUAUUUAUUGUUAUUGAUAUUCAUUAUUUAUUAUUCAUCUUUUUCAUGAAAUAAUUGGAUCACCGUUAUAUUGUUGUUUUUUUCGUGUGGCUAACUUUUUUUAAAAUCAUUGUUAACAUAAUUAUUUUCUUCAUUUAAUUUUUGUGUUUUAAUUUUAUUAAUAUGUUUUCAUUAAUAUUUGUGUAAUUAUAUGUUAUUUAUAAGUAAAAAUGAACAAAUUGUAGUAGAGGUGGACGAACGGUAAUGGUUUUUUUUUACCUUUCAAAAUUGUUUUUUUGCUUUUUUAUAUAUUAUAAUAUGUAUUAAACUUAUAAUUCUUUUUUCCAAAUACAAUUUUUAUUUAUGUAAGUUUAUUAAACUUUUACGACAAUAUUUGAGAUUCAGAUGAUUGUUUAAAAAUUUUGCUGAAUAGCAUCACAGACUUAGUAUAAUCAACUUUUUAAUUAUUGACUAAUAUUGAAUUUUCGAGUUUUAUUAAUUAGUCAUUCAACUUAAAUUCAUAGAAAACAGUUGUUCCUCCACUGUUAGUUAUCGUUACUUGCUGAAUUAUUGUUCAUAUCGUUCGAGCUAAACUGAGAUGGACAAACCGUACCUUUAUUGGAUUGGACUCAAAAUAAAUAAACAGAAAAAAAAAAAAAACCAUUUGUUCUUCUUGCGCC